UGCUGGGAAAAGAAGUCAUCAAUAACAUCACCAGGGAUAUCCAUAAAUUAAAGUUGUACAGACCAGCUGUCCAGAUGCCAGGUGAUGUGUCACCUUCUUAGAAAUGAAGCAUGCCUGAAGUACUGCAAAUCAUUCCUUUCCUUCACAGAAGGGGCUGAAGAAUGAAGCCCAGCUCUUCCGAGGGUCAAUUGAUAGUAUGUGUGAGGGAGGGAGGGAAAAGGACAGAUGGGAAGCAAAACAAACAAGCCAUAUCAGGAAAAGGCAGCUUUGCAGUUUUAGGUGUGGGGAGUGGGGUUGCUCUGUUUUAGUGCCUGUCUAAAUAUCAGCACAGCAAAGGCAUCUUGCUGUUCAGAAAAGGGUCAUGUGUGAAUGGAGGACUCUAGUGUUUUGCUUCGUUGAACCAGCAAGACUGAAGUCUGUUGUGAUUCUCCAUGCUUGUGCUCCAGCUCUAAACGAGAGGCUCAUUGAUAAGCCUUCCCAGAUGUGGUGAGCAGCAGCCUUACGUUUGGCAGCUUGCCAACAGAUUGCCUGCAGUCUCUCCGCUUCCCUGUAUCUGCAGUAGAAAAGCUGCAAUGCUCGGAUCUUGAAAGAAAACACAGCUGACGGCAAACCUCUUGUCUGUCAUGAGCCCACCUCACACAGAAAUUAUCCAGGAAACAACAGCACCGACGAAGGUAUCUUUCUCACAAGGCCUGCUUGCUUUAGUAUUGUGGAUUUGAGAUUUUCCUGCCUGGCAUUAUGGAUCACCACGCAGUAAGACCCCCUUUGAGAAGAUCAUUCAGUGAUCAUAUCAAGAACUCCACUACUAGAGCCUUGGACACUAUCUGGAAGAGCACCAGAGACCGACGUCUGGCAGAGAUUGAAGCAAAAGAAGCAUGCAAUUGGCUGCAAGCAGCAGGAUUCCCCCAGUAUGUUCAACUUUACGAGGAUCUUAUCUUUCCCAUUGACAUCACUUCAGUGAAGAGAGAACAUGAUUUUCUGGACAGAGAUGCCAUCGAAGCCUUGUGCAGGCGUUUAAAUACUUUAAACAAGUGUGCAAUGAUGAAACUAGAAAUCAGCCCACAUAGGAAACGGAGUGAGGAUUCAGAUGAAGAUGAGCCUUGUGCGAUCAGUGGAAAGUGGAUGUUCCAGCGAGACAGCAAGAGGUGGUCCAGACUGGAAGAAUUUAACAUUUUCUCUCCAAAGUUUGAUAUGAAUUCCACAUCCCCAGAAGUGGCUCAUCUUAGCAGUGCAACCAGUCACGAGAGCGUGCUGAUGGAGCAGAGUGAACAUCAUGAGAUAGCUUCCAUCCACAGCAUGAGCAGCAACAACAGCCACCCAUCUACCUCCCAGAAGGAUGCAGUCGCCUCCAGGACAAACUCGGUCAUUAGCAUUACCUCUUCGGGAAAGCUCGUGGAAAACGAGGGCAAUCUGCCCUCCACUAAAGAGCUAUCGAGUUUCAGUUGCGGUGCGAAAGCCAACGAGAAGAACACCAAAUCCAAAACAAGAAGCCUGCUAAAGAGGAUGGAAAGUCUGAAAAUAAAAGGCUCUCAUCAUGGGAAGAGUAAAGCUCCUUCAAAGCUUGGCCUGAUAAUCAGUGGCCCAAUUUUGCAAGAAGGUAUGGAUGAAGAGAAACUAAAGCAACUUAAUUGCGUGGAGAUCUCCACUCUCAAUGGCAACCACAUCAAUUUCCCGAUGGUUCGCAAAAGAAGCGUUUCCAACUCCACGCAGACCAGCAGUAGCAGCAGCCAGUCGGAGACAAGCAGUGCAGUUAGCACUCCCAGCCCCAUCACGAGGACACGUAGCCUCGGUGCCUACAAUAAGCGUGUGGGAAUGUACCUAGAAGGCUUUGACCCUUUCAACCAAUCAACAUUUAACGAUGUCAUGGAACAGAACUUUAAAAACCGGGAUAGCUUUGCAGAGGAUACUGUCUUUUUCAUUCCUGAAGACCACAAACCUGGAACGUUUCCCAAAGCUCUCUCCAAUGGUAAUUUUGCUCCACCAAAGAGUAGUUCGGUGAACUGGAGAACAGGAAGCUUCCAUGGACAUGGACAUCUUUCUCUCCGGUGUGAGAAUAGUUCCGACAGCUCCAAAGAUAUGAGCAUAGGAAGGAGACGCAACUCCUCCAGCUCCGUGUGCAGUCGCCUCAGCAUUUAUGACAACGUGCCAGGUUCCCUAUUAUAUUCUAGCACAGGAAAUCUGGCUGAUCUGGAGAAUGAGGACCUCUUUCCUGAACUCGAUGACAUCCUGUAUCACGUCAAAGGCAUGCAAAAAAUUGUGAACCAGUGGUCAGAGAAAUUUUCUGAUGAAGGAGACUCUGAUUCAGCUUUAGACUCUAUUUCUCCAUGCCCGUCUUCUCCCAAGCAAAUCCUGCUAGAUGUGGACCAUGAUAGAACCAUGCCCAGUGAUCUUGACAGCACAGGAAAUUCACUGAAUGAAACCGAGGAAGCUGUAGGAAUCCAGGAGAGAAGGGAUUCUGGGGUGGGGGCAUCACUGACGCGUUCCAACAGACACAGAAUGAGGUGGCACAGCUUCCAGAGUUCCCAUCGACCCAGCUUAAGUUCAGUAGCCUUACAGAUUGACUGUCAGUCCGUUACACAGAUGAACUUGCUGCAGAAGUAUUCCCUCUUGAAAUUAACUGCACUCUUGGAGAAAUACACACCUUCCAACAAACAUGGAUUCAACUGGGCUGUGCCAAAGUUUAUGAAAAGGAUAAAAGUCCCAGAUUAUAAAGAUCGAAAUGUGUUUGGCGUUCCCCUAAUAGUUAAUGUCCAACGUGCCGGACAACCACUUCCGCAGAGUAUUCAGCAAGCUAUGAGAUACCUUCGUAACAACUGUUUGGAUCAGGUUGGCCUUUUCCGAAAAUCUGGAGUCAAGUCAAGAAUCCAGGCAUUGCGACAAAUGAACGAGAAUGCAAUAGGCAAAGUGAAUUACGAAGGGCAGUCUGCUUAUGAUGUGGCCGAUAUGCUCAAACAGUAUUUCCGCAACCUGUCAGAACCUCUCAUGACCAACAAGCUUUCAGAGACUUUUUUACAGAUCUACCAGUAUGUGCCAAAAGACCAGCGCCUUCAAGCAAUCAAGGCAGCCAUUAUGCUUCUACCAGAUGAGAACAGAGAAGUCCUACAGAUUCUUCUGUAUUUUCUGAGUGAUGUCACAGCUGCUGUGAAAGAAAACCAGAUGACGCCAACAAACCUGGCGGUGUGUUUAGCGCCAUCUCUUUUCCACUUGAACACCCUUAAAAGAGAAAAUUCUUCUCCAAGGGUAAUGCAGAGGAAACAGAGUCUGGGAAAACCGGAUCAGAAAGACUUAAAUGAGAAUUUGGCUGCAACUCAAGGCUUAAGCCAUAUGAUUGCUGAGUGCAAGAAGCUUUUUCAGAUCCCAGAAGAAAUGAGCAGAUGUCGGAAUUCUUAUACAGAACAAGAUCUUAGACCCCUCAGCUUUGACGACUUGGGACGAACUAACAACUCGGAGUCUGCCAGUUAUCAUUCUUAUAUCCAGGACUGUAUGGAUGAUUUUUUCAAGGAAAUAAAGGAUAAAUUUAAGGGCUGGGUCAGUUGCCCAACCCCAGAACCAGCAGAACUUGCCUAUAAAAAGGUUUGUGAAGGUCCACCUCUACGGCUAUGGAAAUCCGUGGUUGAAAUCCCUGCAACUCCCGAAGAAGUAUUAAACCGUAUUGUUAAAGAACAGCAUCUUUGGGAUGAAGACCUUUUAGAUGCUAAAGUAAUUGAGACGUUGGAUAGCCAGACGGAUGUUUAUCAGUUUGUUCAAAACAAUAUGGCUCCACACCCAGCAAGAGACCAUGUCAUCCUCAGGACUUGGAGAACCAACCUCUCUAAGGGAGCAUGCGCCCUCUUAAGUUUCUCAGUGGACCAUGACCGUGCGCCUGUCCUUGGUAUUAGAGUGAAUGUGCUGUUGUCCAGGUAUCUUAUUGAAUCUUGCGGGACAGGAAAAUCCAAAGUCACCUAUAUGUGUCGAAUUGAUUUAAGGGGACACAAGCCUGACUGGUACACAAAAGCAUUUGGACACUUAUGUGCGGCUGAGGUUGUGAGGAUUAGAGACUCUUUCCUUAAUCAAAAUCUUGAAGCCAAGGAAGCAACAUCCAGGUGAUGGACCAAGUGGACCAGCACAGUACCAGCCUAUGUAGAGGUUUUCAGGAAAGGCCUUAGGAUGGAUCAUAUGUCCAUUAGAUCCUGAGGAGAAACCUUCUGGAAUGGGUCUGAGGUUGUCCCUCAAAAUUAUGUGACAGUCCCGAGCGUUUUUAAAGCUGCUUUUUUGUCUGUGUUAGGCCUAUAGUGUAGGUCUUAACUGGAAAAAACUUUGGAUGGUGCAACUUUUUUUUAAAGGUAAGAUUAAUGUUGCUUAGGUGCUGUGAAUUGCUUCUGAGAAGCAAAGCUCUAAGACUUAAAUAUAUUUCUGAAAUAUGGUGAAAAUUAUUCAUUCCUAUAUAUUAUGUUAGCUUUAUGUAUGUAUCUGUAUGUCAUUUGUUGAGGGACUGUUGCAGCCACUGGAUUUGGUGUGUUCCUCAGUGGAUUCUCACGAUAGUAAGUGAAGGAAGGUUUGCACGAAGGCAGAGGCAUGAAUGAUUGUCUUAACUUGUUGACUGGAGUAUGAGGAGCCAGAAUGGUAGAAUCAGAGUGUCUGGUACACUUGAAAGGCAUUGAGAAGAAUUUAGCAGGUAGGAAGGAGAAUCGGCCUAGAAUCCGAUUGGUCCAAGAGACCAUUGCAAGCUUCAAGUCUUCAUUCCUCUGAGUUCUUAUUACUCACAUGUGUAUCUAAAAAUUGAAAAGUGUGGGCUAUAUCAGCCAGGGCAGGGGUAGGCAACCUUGGCUCUUUUAUGACUCGUGGACUUCAACUCCCAGAAUUCCUGAGCCAGCAUGGCUCAGCUUGGAAACCUCUCCCUUUCCCCUCAGCAUGGCUGGCUCAGGAAUUCUGGGAGUUGAAGUCCACGAGUCAUAAAAGAGCCAAGGUUGCCUACCCCUGAGCCAGGGCAAAGAAUGGUAAAAAAGCAGAACACUUGAAACUUAUUUAAAAAUGCCAGAUAUAUUUCAGUGUGUAGUCUUUUGUAUGGCAAUAAUUUUGUUAUGGGCUCCUAUUUGAAAGCUCUCAGCUUUUCAUAGCUGCCACAGGAGGACAUCGGCCACCUGUUUGCGAUGGUCAGACUUUAUAUUAUUUGGAAUACUUUAUUAACAAUCUGUAAGGAGCAUUUCAAGAAAAUUGUGAAUGAAGUGGCAGCUCCAGAAAGUCUCUCCAAGUCUGAAUGUCUCGGAAAAAAAACUGCACAUUGAACCUGACAUAUAGGAUUCCAAGAGAUGGUUUGGGGAAUGGAAUGACAUUCACACAGCACCUAAUCUGUGUUUAUUCUUAGUGCUUUUGGUUGCCCACAGCUGCAGCAGGCUGUGCCAGUGCUUCAUGUGUGCUAACAUGAUCCCCAAAUCACUUUUCCUGCAACCCAUUCUUUUAGUAUCCAUCCACCUGUUAAGAUCCAAAGGAAAGCCUAAACAACAUCUUUGUUUAAUUAACAUAGGAAUAAAUGCUUGCAGUUUGAGGACAGGGCCGAAACUGCUUUCCGUAGCUGAAAAGGGCAACACUGAAAAAUACCAUAACUGGAACAUUAUAAAGUUCUAAAGUGUUUCAGCAUAGCAGAUACUCCUAGGAGUUAAACAUAUUCAUAUAACCCAUUCCAUUGUAACCAUAUAACCUCAUUUAUCGACAUGGUUUGGAGGAAAAUAUCCUCCAAAUUUAGAAGCAAUGUAGUUAGGUAAAAAAUGAAUAUUCGUGCCACAAAAUUGUAUGACAUAAUGCAAAGAGCUGCAGGUUAAAAUAAACAGGUUAAAAUUAUCGAAAGUUCGAUUAUGAACUUUCUAUAGGACAUCCCAGUAGUAUAAGCUAGAGCAGCUGUGAUAGCAAUAAUGAAUGAAAAUAGGAAGAUACAGGUAGAAUGUUGUCAUUUUACUUGUCUUUAAAACUACAGAUUAACUGUCCAGUGUUUUGGGGGGGAGGGGGUGGAGGGGAGUCAAAAUUAUUAUUUGGCAUGUAAUAUUUGUCAACAUUUUCUGCACAUCUUGAUGAGCCUUAUUAGUAAGGAAUCUUUAUAAAAGCCUUUAGAGGAUGACACUGUUUCUGUGAUAGAUUUUACUGUAAAAACAACAAAGCACAAGGAAGAUAAAUAUUGUCCUUCCUUCUUGCUUCAGAACGUAUGUACUUUAUUUCAGUGCAUUGGCUGAUGUGAAGAAUAGAAAAAUCAUUGUAAUCCAUGCUGUUAAAUAACACUGCUGUUAUGUAAUUCAAGGGUCAACCUGGCCCAAAUGCAGGCUGUGAAUCCAGCCCUGGCCCCUUUCCAGAUCUGCUAUGGUGCCCCACUAUAAAAAUUACACUUUGAUUUACAAGAUGCAUGAUUCAGGUGUGAAUCCUAUGAAAUAAAAUGAAAGGUGAUUUAUCUGUAUAUUUGGAAUAAAAUCAUUGUAUAGAUACAUUUGAAUAACUAAAACCCGUCUUUUAGCCCUCCUUAUAGCUGUAAAUUACUGCCAAGAGGUAUGCUGUGACCAAAGAUUAUGUGAAAUUGGCAGUUGGCAUACCUUGUUCAUUCAGAAGAGACCUGUGCAAUUUCAUUCUGGUCUUCUUUCCCAGCCUUGGGACCGUGGCAUAUUUAGAAGAAGCUCUUAGAUACCAUUGUCAGUAUUAUUAUUAUUAUUAUUUUCAUAGAGUGUUUGAGAUGACUUUUGAGAGAAUUGGGUUCUUCCUAAUUCUGCACCUGUACUAAUGACAUCUUGCCUGCAUCUCUAUUUUUCCUCUGUGUUCCAAUCUAUAACCAGUGUUGUGUCAAGAGAGGGACUAUGUGGUAAGUUAGUUAGGAUGCUUCCUUGAAUCUGUUUCAGAAGACGGUGUCCUUCAUGAUCUUCCUCUUGGGACAAAAGUGCUUCUCUGUUCAAACAAAGAAAUUAUACUUACAAGGAGCACCAUCACCAGAAUCAAAAACAGACUGGUACUGAUUGUUUCUGGGAAACGGCGGGGGGGGGGGGGAGAGAGAGAGAGAAUGGAGAAGAAGCAGGAGCUGUUCUAGAUCGUAUCUUCCCAUUACAGAUAGUCCUUGACUUACAAAUACAGUUUGAGCCUGGCAAUUACAGUGGUAAAUCGCAAGUGACGGGAUGCAGAUGCUGCAGUCAUUAAGCGAAUCCAUUGUUCUCUGCGGGCACUUUUUCCAGGGAACUGGAAGUCAAUUCCUGUUUCCAGGAAAAGUCGUAAAUUACAGUCACAUGACUGUGGGACACUGCAAACAGCCAUAAACGUGGACCAGUUGCCAACUGCCCAAAAUGCAGUCACGUGACCAGGGGUGGCCAUUGGAACUUCAGAACCGAGUCUUAAGUAUCUUUGGGGGGGCUUUGGAUAAUCGCUAAGCCACCAGAUGUAAGUUGAGGAUUACCUGUAACUGCUUUCCUAAAUGUCUUGUGCUUCAAACAUGUGAAGUGUUACCUUUAGACCAGUGGUCCCCAACCUUUGCGGCUUAGCGGCCCAGCUGAGGGGGGCAGGGAGGGAAAUCGGGCCAUGUGAGCGGCAGGCUGGCACACGCGCACUACUUGACUUGCAUGAGCGGCAGGCCGGUUUGCAGCUCGACUUGCUCAAGCUGAGCUGUGCACAAGCGUGCACUCGUGCUAGCCUGCUGCUUGAGCAAGUCGAGCUGCACGUGGACAUGUGUGUGCUGGCUCAUCCCUCAUGCGGCCCAGUUCCAAAUAAGCCAGGGCCUGGGCGUUGGGGACCCCUGCUUUAGACUAUAAGGCAGUCUUCCUUGAUCUUAAGCCCUUCAAUUGUCAUUGGCAUCUGAAGGACAACAGAUGAAUAAAGACAGCCUUAUUCCUAGCUAAAAACCCUGGCAAUCAUUCCACUGAUGUCAUUGUAAAAUGUGUUGCCAGGUGUGAAGGUUUUAGGUAUUGUGCCCUUUUUACAGUUCUCAUCAAUAGGUGAAUUGUGUAUUCUUUGUAUACUUUUUAUUUCUUUAAAUAUGUAAAAAAAAAGUAUGUUGUACAUACCAUUCUGAUGUAAACUUGUUCACACUUUAUUGUCAACACAGAUAAAGCAUGGAGAUAAUUAUUUAAGAUAUACUUGUAUUUAUACCUCAGAUAUUCUUUGAAGGAGAGGCAGGGUGUUUGUAUCUCAAGUUGGCUGUCCUUUCCUCCAGUGUAAAUAUGUUCUACACAACUGAAAAAAAGGUAAAAGAAGAAAAGGUUUAUACCUUGCUAUUAUAUGCCUGUACAGAACAUAGUCAAUAAAUGCACUAUGGAGUGUU